UCUUUUAAUAAAAACUACUUUACUCGCGGGGUUCGGUUCGGUUCGAUUCGUGAUUCUGCACAAAGGUGAAAAAAUCUGGCUUUAAUCGUAAUUACGAGUACUUUAUUUUUAUCCGAAGUAUUUGGAAUAUUUUUUCGAGUGUUUGUUGGUGCGACGGUCGCGCGCUCCUUGUGUAUGUGUAAGUGCCAAAAAAGUGUCCUGCUGGUCUGCGAUAUUGGUUGCGUCCGUUGCCCACCCUGUCUGUGGAUUUUGCGCAUAAAACAUGGAGAGCUUUGAAGCUUUGAGGUAUCAGCAGUCGAAAACUUCUUCUUCGACAGGUAGCAGUAGGAUAUUGUACGACGUUGCGUGUAAAGUUUGCCAAGAUAAUUCAUCCGGAAAACAUUACGGAAUAUUCGCUUGCGAUGGGUGCGCUGGAUUUUUCAAAAGAUCGAUUAGACGAAAUCGCCAGUACAUUUGCAAAGGUAAAAUCGAAGGCAAUUGCGUGGUUGAUAAAACUCAUAGAAAUCAAUGUCGAGCGUGCAGAUUACGAAAAUGUAUACGAGAAGGAAUGAACAAAGAUGCUGUCCAACACGAACGAGGUCCUCGUAACUCGACACUACAACGUCAGAUGGCUUUAUACUUCAAAGAGCCAUCAUCGGACACAGCACCGUCCAUCUCACCAGGCCUAGACUUAUCGCGAAUGUCUUCCGCAUCGGGUAACGCCGAAGAAUCGAUAGAUCGUCCAGUACACGUAUCCAAUUCGUUGUUCCUUUAUCCACCCAGAAUGUUGACACAGAUACCGAUGCCAUUUCCUGGCAUCGCAGCAACGCUCAGUAGUCCGGAGACCAUUUGCGAAUCGGCUGCUAGUCUCGUGUUUAUGAAUGUGAAAUGGGCCAGGAAUGUUCCAGCUUUUGUGAAUUUGCCAGUCGAUGAUCAGGUUGUUUUACUCGAAGAAAGCUGGCACGAGUUGUUCAUUUUGGGAGCUGCUCAAUAUUUACCUCCGCUCGAACUGAACCCUUUGAUAAUGGCCUGCCUCGAACAGAACGACCACGAAGAUAAACACCACUUGAUCAGCGAGGCGAAUAAAUUACAAGAGGUUAUCAAUAAAUUCAAACAUCUACAAGUCGAUUUCCACGAAUACACUUGCAUGAGGGCGACCACCUUAUUUAAAACAGCAAUAUUCGAAGACGACGAAAACGAAGACGAAAAGAAGAAAAUUCGCUUAAAAGAAGCCUCGACCAUUCGCAGCCUUCACGAAGAUAGCCAACAAAUGCUCAACAGAUACGUAAACACAAUGUACAAUUUACAACCCUUCAGACUGGGUAAAUUGUACCUGACGCUCACGUCUUGCAAAAAUGUCUCCGGCAAAGUGAUCGAGGAUUUAUUUUUCCGAAGAACCAUCGGACCAGUACCAAUUUCACGCGUUAUAAGCGGAAUGUACAAAUCCAAUUACCUAUGACCAAAAUUUAUCGCAGAUCUGUGGUCAGUACUCAAGACAGUUGUAUCCUUCCGAAGACAAUCGAAAGUGAAAUUUUCUCCUUCCAGUAACGAGAAGCAUGGACUAUUGUUUAACGCAAUUAUUAGAUUACAAAUCUUUAUCUAAGUAAACUUCCAAUACAGUUUGAAGUACUAAAGAUAGACAAUUAAGUCUACCUGCAAACUUGAAACUUACUUAAGCCAGUGAUUAUUUCGUUGUCGUUGUUUUCAACGAUGAGUAUAGACCUAAUCAGUGGCACAUUCGGGAGUAUUUUUUCGAAAAAAGGGUCCUUGAAGCGUGUAAAGGGCAGAAUUACGCGAUCAGUCAAACACGUAAAGCUCAAAAAAUACUCGUAGAACCGUCAGAACACCUCAUAUAAGUGAUUUUCUUCCAUAUGGAUCGUCCUAAUCCAAAAAAGAACUUCAAUUUCGAAUUCUGCGUCCAAAAAUACCUCGAAAUCGAUAUACAUGAAGGGUAGUUAUCAUUUUUUCAACGACCUCCUCCCCUCCCCCUCCCGCCACGGUUUUCAAAUGUCACAUCAUUUCGUGAGCGAUCAACUUACGCAACAAAAAUAAUUUUUUGAUACUUACAUGAAAUAUUUCGAAUUCGACGUUAAUAAACUGACUAUAAUUGAGUAAUUGUACUGAAAGAUACAUCAAUUUUUCUGUUUUUUUUUCAACAGGGAGGAGGGGAGGUGAAAAGGGGAAACAGGAUCUCUCCAAUCAAAAAAAGAGCCUCGAUAUCGAACUCAGCGUUCAAAAAUACCUCGAAAUCGAUAUACAUGAAGCAUAUUAUAGUUAUCAUUUUUCCAACAACCUCUUCCCCCUCUCCCUACCACUCCCACCACAGUUUCCAAAUGUCAUAUUAUCUCAUGAGCGAUCAACUUAUGUCACAAAAGUAAUGUUUUGAUACUUGAAAUAUUUCGAAUUCGACCUUAAUGAACUGCCUAAUUGAAUAAAAUUCUGUUGUUUUUUUCUUCGAGAGGGGGGAGGGGGUAAAAAAAGGGAAAUAGGAUCCCUCUAAUCAAAAAAAGAACCUCAAUAUCAAACUUAGCGUUCAAAAGUACCUCGAAAUCGAUAUGCAUGAAGCAUAAUUAUCAUUUCUGCAACUACCCCCUCCCCUUCCCCCUCCCCCCGUCAUCCACAGUUUCCAAAUGUCAUAUCAUCUCAUGAGUGACCAACUUAUGCUACAAAAAGAAUUUUUUGAUACUUGAAAUAUUUUGAAUUCGACCUCGAUAAACUGCCUAAUUGAAUAAAAUUCUGCUGUUUUAUUUUCGUGGGGAGAGGGGUAAAAAAAGGGGAAAUACGAUCCCUCUAAUCAAAAAAAGAACCUCAAUAUCAAACUCAGCGUUCAAAAAUACCUCGAAAUCGACAUACAUGAAGCAUACUUAUCAUUUUCGCAACUACCCCUUCUCCUUCUACCCCCUCUACCCCAUUUUCAAAUGUCACAUCAUCCCUUGAGCGAACCAACCGUGCAGCAGAAGAAAUUUUUCGAUAUUUUAAACAUUUUAAAUCCAACAUUAUUAAUAUUUGACUGAUUGUACUGAAAUAUCAAAUUUUGGGGUAGGCGUGAGAAGGGGUGGGGAGGGUCCAGGGAGAAAAACUGAUAAAAAAUCGUCCAGUAUAUCGAUUCCAAGGUUUUCAGGGACGCUGAUUUCAAAUUUCAGUGUAUUUUUUCAUUUUGAUCUCAUUUUAAAGAAAUAAAUGAUCGGGAGAGUUUUGAAAAAAGUUCUCAAUGCCUUUGAUUAUCAAAAUCACGUGUGAAAUGUUCACUGCAGAUCUCCGAGGCUUCGAAUUCCCAUUUGGAAGGUGCCACUGAUUAUAACGAUGAUUCUCACGUAUUUUCCUUCCUUUUUUAUCUCUCUCAAGUGCGAUUCAGUUACCAAUUUUUUAUUUUUUAGUUGAAUUUUCAUAAUAAUGUAAGAUUAUUUUAUAUUUUACCCGAUUAUACAUUACGAGCAUGUAUUUAUUAUUUUUUCACUAUUUUUUACAUUUUUGUGCGAUUAUAACACACUGUACAUAAUUUAUACCUAUACCGAAUAAAUUGACAAUAUUUUUUUCUA